AUGGCGGGCCUGGGAGCGCUGGAACCGGGCACCGGCACCGGCACCGUCCCGGCCACCAAGGUGGAGCUCACGGUGUCCUGCAGGCAGCUCCUGGACAAGGACACCUUCUCCAAGUCCGACCCGCUCUGCGUCCUCUACACCCAGGGCCUCGACACCAAGCAGUGGCGGGAGUUCGGCCGCACCGAGGUCAUCGACAACUCGCUGAACCCCGACUUCGUGCGCAAGUUCGUGCUCGACUACUUCUUCGAGGAGAAGCAGAACUUGCGCUUCGACCUGUACGAUGUGGACUCCAAAAGCCCCGACCUCUCCAAGCAUGACUUCCUGGGCCAGGCCUUCUGCACCCUCGGUGAGAUCGUGGGCUCGGCCGGCAGCCGCCUGGAGAAGCCGCUGACGAUGGGGACGGUCACCGCGCACCCCCGCGGCAAGAAGCCAGCUCCGGCCCUCUCCAACGGGGGCAUCCCCGGGAAGAAGUGCGGCACCAUCAUCCUCCUCGCCGAGGAGCUGGGCAACUGCAGGGACGUGGCCACGCUGCAGUUCUGCGCCAACAAGCUGGACAAGAAGGAUUUCUUCGGCAAGUCCGACCCCUUCAUGGUCUUCUACCGGAGCAACGAGGACGGGACCUUCACCAUCUGCCACAAGACGGAGGUGGUGAGGAACACGCUGAACCCGGUCUGGCCGGCCUUCGCCAUCCCCGUGCGCGCCCUCUGCAACGGCGACUACGACCGGGCCAUCAAGGUGGAGGUGUACGACUGGGACCGUGACGGCAGCCACGACUUCAUCGGCGAGUUCACCACCAGCUACCGGGAGCUGGCGCGGGGGCAGAGCCAGUUCAACGUCUACGAGGUGGUGAACCCGCGGAAGAAGAUGAAGAAGAAGAAGUACCUGAACUCGGGGACGGUGACGCUGCUGUCCUUCGCCGUGGAGUCCGACCACACCUUCCUGGACUACAUCAGGGGCGGGACCCAAAUCAACUUCACGGUGGCCAUCGACUUCACCGCGUCCAACGGCAACCCCUCGCAGUCCACCUCGCUGCACUACCUGAGCCCCUACCAGCUCAACGCCUACACCAUGGCGCUCAAGGCCGUGGGCGAGAUCAUCCAGGACUACGACAGUGACAAGAUGUUCCCGGCGCUCGGCUUCGGCGCCAAGAUCCCGCCGGACGGGCGCGUGUCCCACGAGUUCCCGCUGAACGGCGAUGCAGCCAACCCCUCGUGCAGCGGCAUCGAGGGCAUCCUGGAGGCCUAUCACCGGAGCCUGCGCAGCGUCCAGCUCUACGGCCCCACCAACUUCGCCCCCGUGGUCAACCACGUGGCCCGCUCGGCCGCGGCGGUGCCCGACGGCUCCCAGUACUUCGUGCUCCUCAUCAUCACCGACGGCGUCAUCUCGGACAUGGCGCAGACCAAGGAGGCCAUCGUCAACGCUGCCAAGCUCCCGAUGUCCAUCAUCAUCGUGGGGGUCGGACAGGCCGAGUUCGAUGCCAUGGUGGAGCUGGACGGGGACGACAUCCGCAUCUCCUCCCGCGGGAAGGUGGCCGAGCGCGACAUCGUGCAGUUUGUCCCCUUCCGCGACUACAUCGACCGCACGGGGAACCAGGUGCUGAGCAUGGCGCGCCUGGCCAAGGACGUGCUGGCCGAGAUCCCCGACCAGUUCAUCUCCUACAUGAAGGCGCGCGGCAUCAAGCCCCAGCCCGCGCCCCCCAGCCCCGACCCCCCCGGCCCCCCGCCGCCGCCCCCCCAGCCCUGA